GAAGGAGGGGCGAGAAGCCUCCCGCGUUCCGAGGAGCGUUCCUAGGAAAGUGGGGCGUGGAAAGAGCAAAUCCGGAGGAUGAUUAUCCAGGAACGGAAGUGUCCCGGCGCCUCGCCGGAAGCCGAGUGAGCUCCGCCUACCAAUCCCGGUAGUCGGGCCGAGCUCCGGCGCCCGCCGUCUUCCCUUCAUGCCCCGUGGACUGAGCGUUCCCUCCGACUGAUGGUGCGGGGGAGGAGCGCGAGCGCGAGCGCGGCGGACUCCAGGGGCCGGUGAGAAGCAGCUUGCUGAGCAGAGGGGCGGGACUUCCGCGGCCGUUUGUUGGCUGGGCUGCUCCCGUUCUCUGCUCGCGCGGCAGCUGCUGCAGCUGCGUCCCCGGGAGCUGGCGUCCAGGGCCAUGACGUCAGCUUCCACCAAGAGAAGGGACAACUCCAGGAGCUUCUCUCACCUGGGGGGGAGAAUAGAAACCCUCAUGUGAUGCUUUCCCUGGAGCGGAGAGCUGAACGUUCUAGUGCCCCUCCGAGCGUGAGCCUGUGUCCUAGGCUUGUGCCCCACAAUCCUCUAGUGGUUGGAUCCAUCACCUGCCAUCCUCCAGGUUGGGGAGAUCUUCUCCGCUGCUGGCGCUGCCUUCACAAAGCUUGGUGAAUUGACAAUGCAGCUGCAUCCAGUGUCGGACUCCUCCCCUGCCGGUGCCAAGUGGACAGACACCGAGAUAGAGAUGCUGAGGGCUGCGGUGAAACGAUUUGGGGACGAUCUUAAUCGCAUCAGCUGUGUCAUCAAGGACCGGACUGUCGCUCAGAUAAAGUCUACAGUGAAACGAAAGGUAUAUGAAGACUCUGGCCUCCCUCUUCCAACUGAAUCACCCAAGAAAGGGCCCAAGAAGGGAACAUCUAGUAUCCUGGUUCCUGCCUUACCUGUACCCCCACCCACUGGGUCUAGUGUCCCUGAAACUGGGGGCCCUCCCCUGAAGAAGCAGAAGGCUGAUGUGACGCUGAGCGCCUUGAACGAUUCAGAUGCCAACAGUGACCUAGUGGACAUUGAGGGCCUGGGGGAGGCUCCCCCAGCCAAGAAACUCAACUUCGACCAGGACAGCCUGAAACUAGACUCUGGACUUCUCAUGACCUCUACUGAUCCUCCUUUGCUCUCCCGAUGACCCUCCUACUUCUGGCCCCUGUAACCCUUUUAUCGUGGAUCUAAGUAGAAACCUGGAAAAAGGAAAGCUGAAGGAAAAUAUCUGCCAUACAGAUCCUGUGUGAACACUUGCCCUCUGCCUACAAUGGACUUUUUUUUUUCUAACAAAAUCAAAUAAAAAUUUCACUCAA